UUUGUGUGUGUGUUUUAUUUUGCUUUGUCACAAACCUCCUUCUAGAAGAAUGUAUAAUAUGCACCAGUGACAAUAAAACCACUGUGAUUUUCUCUCUCACACCCAUUGCGACAUUGUUGGCAUGCACCUGUGUUACGUGCUGGUAUUGUGAGGAUAGAAGGGUAGGUCAAUACGAGAUGUAAUAUGUUAUUUAUCCUGAGAUCUGUUUCAGAAGCUAAAUGAGGUCAGACAAACAAUUGUUAGACUGCUUUUGAAUAAAUUCCUUCUUGGUAAAAGACCCAGCCAAUACACUAAUCACAGUUUCUGUUUAUAGCCUCUGACUCACCUGUCUUAAAGCUGUGCUAGCUUUUUUGUUUUUUUUUUUUUUGGACAGAGCCCCUGUCCUCUGCAGGGACUGCAGGACACGCAUGCCUGAAGGUCUCUCUGUUACUCAGCGCUUUGUGUAGCCUCAAGCUGAGCACAGUAAUCACAGUUUGCACAAAAACAGAUAGUCUGCAGUCUCAACACCUCAGCUCAGAGUUAUGAUUUAAUGUAUGAUUACCAUGAAGUCUCUGGAUAUAUAAUGAGGCCAAAAAGUCUGAGGCCACUAGUAAAAAUGCUUGUAUUUUCCUUUCUUUUCUAAUUUAAAGCAAAUUUUUCAUUGCAAAUUAUAUGAUCAGAAUAACAACUUCAGUGAAAAAUAACAUCUUAGAAAUAUUUACAUGAAUUACAGAAUUUCUUAGGUACAUCACACUUUUCAUUAACACCAGCACACACUUGAGCUGGUAUAAAACCAUGAUGAUCUACAUUAGAUAAAAUUCACUGGAGCAUUGUCUGAACAUGGAAGGGAAAUAUCAAGAUAAAAUCUGACCUUUUGUCAUGAACAAUAUUGCUGCUCAAAUUUACUGAUAUUUCUAGAAAUAGUGUUUUGAAUAUUCAAGAUAUUAAACAUUUCCUUUCUUUGUUUUAAUAUUCUAAAACUUUCUGUUUACUUCCAGUUUUUAAUGGAAAAAAAAUCCAGGUGGAUAUUCCAAGUAGCCCAAAAGUCUAAUUUAGGUAAAAAUAAUAACUCAAAUAGAAGUGAAAUUGGUGAUCCAAUUAAUUAAGGUAAAAUUAGAAAGGAUACAGAGCCCAUGCACCAUGUCCUAUGGCCUACCAAGUUUAGACUGGCAUGGUGAUGCAGUGGGUAACGUUGCCACCUCACAGCUCCAGGGUCCCUCGUUUGAUCCAGACCUCGCGGUGUUUUUGUGUAGGUUUCCUCGGGGUUCUGCAGUUUCCUCCCAAAACAUGCUGGUAUGUGGAUUGGCUAUGUUAAUUGCCCCUAGGUGUGAAUGAGUAUGUGAAUGUGUGUGUGGUGCCCUGUGAUGGACUGAUGUCUCAUCCAGAAUGUAUUCCCACCUCUAGCUCAGUGUUCCCAGGAUAGACUUUGGACCCACAGAGAAAAUGCUUCCUGAAGAUCGUUUAAUAAAUGAGAAAAUAUGUAGUGCGAAAAUGACUCAAGUAGCUUGAGUCAGAUCAGAUUUAGAUUUUGGAAUACAUCGUGAUGGUAGAUCAAAAACUUGUCAAUACAAAUAAAUUACACAAAGUAAAUGAUUUUAAAUCAUGUACUAACAUAUGUGUUACAUGAUACACGUUAUUCUCUUUUGUGAUAUUUGUAAUAUGUACCUGUGCUUGCUAGCUAGGUAACAAUAUUUGAAUCACUUGGCAAGCCUGUAAUUUUUUGUCACCACAAAUAGUCCCUUUUUGUUGUUUUCUGUGUGUAUGUCAUCUUAGACCAGUCCAUAAUCAGGAUUAUUUAAACUUCAGGGCUCUGCUGAAAUGCUCAUUUUGAGGUUUUCUAAUUGGUCAACUCUCACAGCCACAGUUUCUAAUGAAAGAAGUCAACAAGAAGAGCAAGGUGUGAACCAGGGGUGGAAAAUACUUGAGUAAUUGUAGUUUGUUACUUACUCUGGCACUAUUUUGGAGUAGUAUAUUUUGGAUUUCUACUUAUUCUAGUAUGAUUUCUAGUAUUAUUGAAAUUGAAUUGAAGUUUACAAGGAAAAGUAACAGACUUAGUCAUUCCUAAAAAUAUGUAUUAAAAAUGAUAUGGAUUUUGUUUUGUCAAAUUAUCCAAUCAAAUUCAUAUCAAAAUCAAACUGAUUUCUAGUAAGUCUUACAGCUUAUUAUUUACCAAUUAUGUCAUGACAUAUAAUCAUGUCUGGAUUGUUAACUUUCAUCCAUUUUUUAUAAUGAUCAAAUAUAUUAAAAUAUUUCAUUUUGCUCUUUAAAUGUUGAUACUCUUUGACCUUUCCAUAUACUUGUAAGUAGAUUUUUGGCUCCAUAUUUCUAUAUUUAAUUGAGUAAAAUUUUGACUCCCAUGUUUUUAUUUAAGAAUGGUAUUUUUUCCACCCCUGAUGUGAGCUCCAAAUCUGCCAACUGCCUGAUCUCUCCAUCAUCUACCAUGUCCUAUAAAGCAGGGGUUAAAAUAAUAAUAAUCCCUGUUGUGUCUCUGUGUUUUGUUCUGUUUCUGAAGCUGGCCAGGUGUAGUUACCUCAUGUGUUCAUGUUUUGGAAUGUUGAAGUCUUUCACACUGACCAGAAAGAGGCUUGUGCACUACACCAGCUUUGACCAGCGCAAGAGGGCGAAUGCUGCUGUCCUCAUCGGUGCCUAUGCCGUGAUUUACCUGAAGAAAACUCCAGAGGAAGCGUACAGAGCUUUAAUCUCUGGCUCUAAUGCCUCUUACCUGCCAUUCAGGGAUGCAUCGUUUGGAAAUUGCACAUACAACCUGACUGUUCUUGACUGUUUGCAUGGAAUCAGGAAGGCCCUGCAGCAUGGCUUCUUGAACUUUGAGACGUUUGACGUAACUGAGUAUGAGCACUAUGAGCGUGUAGAGAACGGAGACUUCAACUGGAUCGUCCCCGGCAAAUUCCUGGCCUUCAGCGGGCCGCACCCAAAGAGUAAAGUAGAAAACGGCUAUCCUCUCCAUGCCCCCGAGGCUUACUUCCCAUACUUCCGCAAGCACAACAUCACUACCAUUGUCCGCCUGAACAAGAAGAUCUAUGACGCCAAGCGCUUCACAGAUGCCGGCUUCGACCACUAUGACCUGUUCUUUGUGGACGGCAGCACGCCCAGCGACGUCAUCUUGCGCCGCUUCCUGCAUAUCUGUGAGAGCACGGAUGGUGCCAUCGCUGUCCACUGCAAGGCUGGUUUGGGCAGGACAGGCACACUGAUUGGCUGCUACCUGAUGAAACACUACCGAUUCACUGCAGCUGAAACCAUCGCCUGGAUCCGUAUCUGUAGACCUGGCUCUAUCAUCGGACCCCAGCAGCACUUCCUAGAGGAGAAGCAGGCGAAUCUGUGGGCUCAGGGAGACGUGCUUCGCUCUAAGCAGCAGAAAUCGCGGGUGUAUGAGGAAAGCAGCGUUCACCGUCUCAUCUCUAGCAUGGAUGACCUGACCAUCAGCAGCAGCUUCCUCAGAUCUGGCAGCAUGGAAGAGAACGGUGAAUACAGUGAAAACAGUCUCGGCAUGACUCAAGGAGACAAACUGCGUGCCUUAAAGGGCCGGAGGCAGCCCAGGUCAUCCACCUCCACAACUCUGAGACUGACUGGCUCCAGUACUCACGGCCAAGGUUCACCUCUCAAACCCUCCAAAUUGCCGUCCUCUUCCUCCACUUCCUCCGCUGCCUCUGCAUCGUCCAAGAGAAUCAGUCGAAUCUCUUCUUCCUCAACCAACCUCAAGAGCUCCUGUCUAAACUCCAGAUUAGCCACCUCAUUGGGCAACCUGUAUGUCAUCACCAGAGACUCUGGGAAUCACCCUCAACCCUUGUUUGCAUCCUCGUCUCCGUCCUCGUCUCCAUCCUUCCCUGUCCCCCGUGCCACGUUUGCCAGCAUCUCGGCUCUAGCUGCACAUAGUUUUCCUUACGAAGUCAACAACAACAGUGAUCAGUAUAGCGCCUCCAAUGCCAAUUCCAAGAUCUCGGCAUUCAGCAACCACAACCACAGCAGCCUAGGUGGAUCUUCCACCACUGGGAGGUUUGGCUUUGAGGAGCCAGGUCAGAAUCCGGCCACCGCAAGUCUGAGUCAGCCCUCGGCCCGCUACCUCAGCCGCUCCAUUCCCUCCCUUCAGUCGGAGUGUGUUCGGUAUUAAAGCGGCAACUCUGCACUGAUCCUGAACCUGUCCUCCUGGCCCGUCGUUCUUUGUCCACUUGCUGACAUCCAGCUUGCUAUGUGAGCACAAAAGGACCUGAAUAAAGCCAGAGGUGCUGGAACUCGGUCUGUAUGUCCAGUGUUAAAAUGCUCUGAAGGAAACUCAGAAUUAUCUGUUUUGAAAUACACGUGCGCUCUCUCUCUCUCUCUCUCUAAGAUAUGUAUGUGGGUAUAUAUAUAUAUAUAUAUAAAUUAGAAAGAUAGAUAGAUAUAAAUAUAAAAUAUACACAGAUGUACUAAGGAAAGAGAUUAUUUUUAGACAAGAAUUUUUUUUUUAUAACGAUUUGUCUGUACUUUUUGAUCUAUGAUCCAUAUCUUAAGCAUGUCAAUGUAAAGUGUACAGGUUGUAUUUCUGGUUUAAGGAAAUUUGUUUAAAGGUAACUAUUUUGUUAUGAUCUUCAAAGUAUAAAUUUAUAAUGACAUAUCAAACUUACAGUAUGAGGGCUAAACUGAGGGAUGCAAAUGUAUUAAAUGUAUUAAUCAAGCAAACCUUUAACAGAUUCAUGUAUGCAGUAUAGUGAUCAGGGAAAGAAAUACUGGCACAAAUUUGGGGCCAAGUUCACAUGGACAUUUGUCAGAAGUUACUUCAUUUAAUUUAAUUUUAUUUUCUAAAAAAUGUAACCAGACAUCAGCGUAAAUUUUACACAUUGACAUGUUUUGGUACGUGCUGUCUGCCACUGUUUUUAUUUAAAAACAGUCAAGUAGACAGAUUUAUUUUGGAUAGUCAAGUGGACAUAAAGCUUCAUAAAGAAAAUAUAAGCAGUGUACAAACUAGUUAUUUAUAUAAUAAAUAAUCCAAGUUCUCCGUGCUAGGGCGAUUUUUUAUUUUUUUUUUUUUUGGUGAUUUCUAGCUGCACUCGGUGAAUGUUCCUUCACCAUUUUCUGUCGCUGCAUUUCUGACCAGUGAAUGAAAGAGUUUUACAAGCACAUUUUCAGUCCUACAUACCUUUUUUAGGUUUGUUUAAUUAAAAAAAAUAAUUAAACACAAAUUAACCAAGCGGAUCAAUUCCGGCUCCACAAAAUUAGGUGAGAAUGCUCUGUCAGAUGUCAGAUCCUGAUUUCUUUUAAGGUUGUACUGUAAAGCAUGGAUGUCCUGAUAUUUCUUGAGAAGUAAAAGACAUUACAUGGACAAAACAACCGAGUUCACAAUUUAGUUUUAGUGCCUACUACAUCGCUCUCUGAUUGGUCAUAUCAUUUAUGAACCAUAUCAGUGUUACAGAUGUACUAAAGAUUCCUACAGGAUCAUAAUGUAAUUGCAAUAUCGAUAUCGCUUCAUUGCUCUUUAGUGUAAGUCUGCAGCAUGACCGUUUGCUCUGUAUGAAAAUCUAUUUCUAUGAAAUAAUCAAAGGCCUUAUUUUCUUUAGCAGCAGCUUUAGCAAUGUCUGUGAUUAUCAGAAUAAUUUAGUUUGGUCAUGUUGCACGUCUCCUCAUCAUCUUUGGGGGGAAAAAAGCGUCACCUUGGAUUGUGUGAGCGUGGUGCUGUGAGUCAGUACUGGUCCCGACACGCUCUGCAGCUCUACAACAUGAUUGUGUCAUUUUGUAACAGCUCCAAACUGGAGCUGGGACACUUCAGGGACUUUAUUCUAACUCCUACACAGAUCUCAUUAUGAUGCAGAUGAGCACAAGCAAUCUUAAUACUGUUUUUAAUGCACACAGAAAAUAUAUGCUGCUUUCUGUAAGUAUUCACCCUCUUGAACUUUUCUACAUUUUGUAGUGUUACAGCCUUGAACUGAAAUGGACUUAACUGAGAUUUUAUGUCAUGAACUUUUAAAUAAAAAAAAAAAUGACCCUCAUUGCUGUGAAACACCUAAAUUAGUUCUCUGACUAUUCCCCUCUUUAGUUGUGGUUGUAUCAUAUUCUUUCCGUUUUCUUUAAUAAUGUAUUUAAUGUCGCUCUGCGGGAUAAGUUUGGCUUUUUUUUUUUUUUUUUUAAUAACUGAUGAUUAAUUUAGGGGUUUAAGAGCAAGGAAGUGUGAAUAGUUAUAUACAAUCACAACUUUCGCACUUUUUUAUUUGUAAAUCAUUUUGUAAUGGAGUAUAUCUGUUUUCCCCACCUUUUUUCGAUAUUAUAUGAUAUUUUGUGUAGACUUAUGACAUUUAAUUCCAAUUAAGUCCAUUUCAGUUCCAGGUUGUAACAUUACAAAAAUGUGGUACAAAAGUUCAAGGAGGGUAAGUACUUAUGCACAGCACUGUGGUGACAGGGACUGUUAAUAUACCAUAUUACACGUGAUAUAUGGUACGUUUGACAUGUUGAUGCUGAUGGUAAAUUAGGUUUUAUAUAUGAAUUUGUAGGAAAAUGAGAUGAUCUGAUGUUUUUGUGUGUUUGACACAAAAACAACUUAUUUUAAUUACGAUAUUAAUGAUCUUAAGACGAGUGUUGCUGACAAGUGUAGCUUAUCUACUGACGAUUAAACCCAGAUGGGGUUUAAAACUGCUUUUGUGUUCCCACUGAUUUAAUGUAAAGUAGGUAGAAGUUUUAUCUUUUGUUUGUUGCUGUGUGUAUUAGCCUGAUUACUGUGUCACCUCUUUGGCCCUGUAGCAGCACUCUCUACAUUCCAGAUGAUGUAGUGCUUUUCUAUGUUUAUACAAUUUUUUUUUGUCAAUUUAAGUAUUCUACCUCUUAUAUACAGAUUACAAAUAUACAGAUUAUGGCUGUACAAUAUUCUCCUGCAUAUACAGGAUAUGUAUAAUUUUUUUCAGCAGUAUAUAAAGAAUCAUAAUGAUGUUAGUUUAGGUCAGUAUUUUGCUUUUCAUGAGUAGUGAAUGGACAAAAUGAAAUGCAAAACACUGUAUCGCUUUUAAAAAAGUGGGGAAAAAAAUAAAACUACUUGUUUUGGAAGUUUGAUGCAAAAA